CAUUGAUUAGCUUCCAGAAUGCAUUGAAAUGCCAAGCUACCAGGUUGGAGGACACAUCAAUCAAAACAUGUAUGCAUUUGUGUUCCUCGAUCCUUACACAUUGGUGCCUGUGAUUCACAUCCGUUUACUUGGCUGAUAUCUAUUGGUUGAAAUAUUGAAUACAUGACUUUCUGUAUUUGCUUCAUAUUUUGCAUGAGAUUCAUAGCAUUGGCAGAUCAUCCUUGGUACAACCCCUUCAAUAAUUUCCAAUCUCAGCUUUUAUAAAUUAGAUUGACGACGAAGGAGGAGGAGAAAAAGAGGAGGCAUGGAAUCCUCAAUGGAAGAAGCGAAGCAUCAAAUCACAAGGCCGUUAUUGCCUGCAAACCAGCCAUCAACAUCCUCAUCUGCUGAAAAAGAAGAAGAGAACUCUCCCAUAGAGCAGGUGGCGUUGACAGUGCCGACCAGCGAUGACCCAACAAUACCUUGCUUGACAUUCCGCAUGUGGGUGCUUGGCACUCUUUCAUGUGUGCUACUGUCUUUCUUAAACCAGUUCUUCUGGUACCGGAAGGAACCAUUGUCCAUAACAUCUAUAUCAGCACAGAUUGCUGUGGUUCCAAUUGGGCACCUGAUGGCGGCUACAUUGACAGAGAGAGUGUUCUUUAGAGGAACUCGCUGUGAGUUUACAUUGAACCCAGGACCAUUCAACAUGAAGGAGCACGUCCUUAUCACCAUCUUUGCCAACUCCGGCGCUGGUACUGUGUACGCCAUUCACAUUGUCACUGCAGUGAAGGUCUUUUACAGAAAACACAUCACCUUCUUUGUUUCCCUUCUCGUCAUCCUCACUACUCAGGUGCUUGGAUUUGGCUGGGCGGGAAUAUUCCGGCGGUAUCUGGUGGAGCCAGCGGCGAUGUGGUGGCCCUACAAUCUGGUGCAGGUUUCCCUCUUCAGGGCACUUCAUGAGAAGGAAAGACGAGUCAAAGGUGGCCUGACCCGGAACCAGUUCUUUCUCAUAGCUUUCAUCUGCAGCUUUGCUUACUAUGUUUUCCCAGGGUAUCUUUUUUCAAUGCUUACCUCACUUUCCUGGGUCUGCUGGAUUUUCCCCACUUCCGUGCUUGCCCAGCAGCUUGGUUCUGGUCUCUAUGGCCUUGGCAUUGGUGCCAUUGGCCUUGACUGGUCAACCAUCUCCUCCUACCUUGGCAGCCCCUUAGCAAGCCCAUGGUUUGCCACAGCCAACAUUGCUGCUGGCUUUGUGUUCAUCAUGUACAUUAUCACUCCAAUUGUCUACUGGUCAAACCUCUACCACGCUAAGACCUUCCCCAUAUUCUCUGAUGGCCUUUUCACUUCAUCAGGCCAAGUUUACAAUAUCUCCAGCAUCAUAGACUCUGACUUCCACCUUGAUGUCCAGGCAUAUGAAAAGAAUGGACCUCUUUAUUUAAGUGCGUUUUUUGCAGUGACUUACGGUGUUGGCUUUGCUUCUCUUACUGCUAUCAUCACUCAUGUUGCACUCUUCCACGGAAAGGAGAUAUGGCAGAUGAGUAAGUCCGCAUUUCAGGAGAAGAAAAUAGACGUGCACACGAGGCUCAUGAGGAAGUACAACCAGGUUCCUGAGUGGUGGUUUAUCUGCAUCCUCAUUGCCAACAUAGCCCUUACCAUCUUUGCUUGUGAGUAUUAUAUUGAUCAACUUCAGCUUCCCUGGUGGGGUGUUCUCCUGGCUUGUGCUCUUGCUAUCUUCUUCACUCUACCCAUUGGGAUCAUCACUGCCACAACUAAUCAGACACCAGGGUUGAACAUCAUAACUGAAUACGUAAUGGGAUAUUUGUAUCCCGGGCGCCCAGUUGCUAACAUGUGUUUCAAGGUGUAUGGAUACAUAAGCAUGACUCAAGCCUUAACCUUCCUUCAAGAUUUCAAGCUUGGCCACUACAUGAAGAUCCCACCCAAGACUAUGUUCAUGGCUCAGGUGGUGGGAACUUUAAUCGCGGCAUUUGUGUACCUUGGCACAGCAUGGUGGCUAAUGGACAGUAUCCCAAACAUCUGUGACACUGAACUUCUCCCUUCGGACAGUCCCUGGACAUGCCCGGCAGACCAUGUCUUCUACGAUGCAUCGGUCAUUUGGGGUCUCAUCGGUCCCCGGAGAAUCUUCGGAGACCUAGGUUACUACUCUGCUAUUAACUGGUUCUUCCUGGGCGGCGCGGUGGCUCCUAUUCUUGUUUGGUUUGCUCACAGGGCAUUCCCUCAACAUGAAUGGAUAAGGCUCAUUAACAUGCCAGUCCUGAUUGGUGCCACUGGGCAAAUGCCUCCGGCCACCGCCGUGAAUUAUACGUCAUGGAUUAUACUUGGUUUUCUCUCAGGCUUUGUGGUUUAUAGGUACAGGAGAGAUUGGUGGCAACGUCAUAACUAUGUGUUAUCUGGAGCACUGGAUGCUGGGCUUGCUUUCAUGGCUGUGUUGUUGUACUUGUGCCUGGGUUUGGAGAACAUAAGUUUGAAUUGGUGGGGUAAUGACUUGGAUGGUUGUCCUCUGGCUUCUUGUCCAACUGCUAAGGAUGUUAUUGUUGAGGGUUGUCCUGUUUUCUCAUGAUUUUGGUUUACUUCCAUUUGCUUUGCAGGACUUGUUAUUGUGUCUAGAUUUAUAUUUCUGGGGCUCUCUGCUUCUUCUCCCAAUUAGAUAAAUCAAAACAUACCAAAACAUGGCAAACAUGUUUUUUUAUUUGUAGAUUUAUUUUACUGCCUUUUAUUUUGAUUUAUUUACACUUUUAAUUUGGAUA